UUAUUCAGAGAGGAUAGAGAUAUGGUAAUGGAGAGUUUUCUCAAUGUUAGAAAACACACUAUAUACACCCCCUCUGACCUGACCUUAGCUGUUCUCUCUGCUCCAUGAUGCAAAAGCUCAAACCAAUCCCAUAAUUCUUUUGUCCCCAUUCCCACUUUGUCUUCAAAACCCGUUCUCCUAAAAACUCAAAAACAAAGAUAUGAAGAUCCAGUGUGAUGUAUGCCGCAAGCAAGAGGCCUUGUUUUUCUGUCCUGCAGAUGAAGCAGCUCUAUGCAAUCACUGUGAUCACACUAUUCAUUAUGCAAACAAGCUCGCUGCAAAACACAAACGCUUCUCUCUUCACCACCCUACAUCUAAAGACACCCCUCUCUGUGAUAUAUGCAAUGAGAGGCGAGCAUAUCUAUUUUGCAAAGAUGACAGAGCAAUACUUUGCAGAGAAUGUGACAUACCUAUCCAUAGAGUCAAUGAACUUGCCAAGAAACACAAUAGGUUUCUUCUCACAGGUGUAAAGCUUGGUGCUUCUUCUUCAGAUGCAACAACUUCCAAUGGCUCAGAAGUAAGAAACACACGUUCAGGACCAAGUUCAUUUUCAAGUGAAAAUGUCAGUUCUACUUGCACUUUCAAAGACAACAUGGCUUGGGACACAGUUUCAACGAGUAGCAUUUCUGAAUACUUGAUUGAAACAAUUUCUGGUUACUGCAUGGAAGACCUUUUUGAUGCUUCUUAUGCACCUAAUGUUUUCUGA